AUGGCAGCGGAAUUGACACGGGCGGGGGCGGGGCAGUGGCGAAUCGUGGUAGCCACGCCUGUUGCCGUCGCCGGUGGCCCGUGGCCGCGGUCGGGGGCGGGGUGGUGUCGUCGCUUGUCCGCGGCCGCUGCUCUCGCCUCGCGCUUGCCCCGCGUCCGUGCCGCCGCCGCCGCGCUCGCUGGUGACUUCCAGAGGUUUCGGGUCCUGGAAGAACUGCUCAAGAGUUUGCAUCGGCAUAAAAUUGAAGUCCACCAAGGCCCAUUACUAUCAUUCCACCAGUACUCGCAUCACGUCUGCAGUUCUCCGCUCUCCCCUCGCCGCGCCCGAGUAGCCGACCGAGCCCUCGCCGCUUCGCGCUUGUCGCCGGCAACCACCACCGCGACGGGUCUGUUGAAGGUGCUAGUUGACCCUAAGGAUGAAGAGGACUUUGACAGGGAGCUGAAAGCCAUUCUUCUGGAAAGCUUGGAGUCACGUAAGUUGGAGCCGGCCAGGCCCACCGUGAACAUGAAGGAACCAAUGAGUACCUUUAAGGGGUCAAAGGACUCGACUACUGAAGCAGCGGACAAAGGAAAUAUGUGUGAUGAGUUAGUCAAAUCUGGAUCCGGUGGUGGUAGCGAGGUGUGUUUCAAGGUGCUUGUGAAGAGAGGGCAUAAGCAGCACAUGAAGCAAAUGCUCAUCCCAGGGGACUGCCCACUAGUGCAGAGCACCAAGCAGCAGAGUGCUGCUGAGCUCGAGGAGAAGCAGAACAUCAAGCGAAAAAUUCUUGAAUACAACGAAAGGGAGGAAGAACUGAACGCAGCGUCGCUGGAAAGAGGGAAUGGGGUUGAAGGAGGAGGAACCGACGAGACUCCUGCUGGUGGUCGUGUUACCUGGGUUGGCCCGAGCAGAGGUGGUGGUGUUCGGCAGCACUACUGGGUCGCUGGUGGAUUCUACCGUGGCUAUGGAAGAAGGUGAGCUGAUGCCACUGCGUUCAUGGUUUGUUGUUCUUGUCCCAGGAAAGAGCCACCUCAGUAUUGUCCCAUGAAUGUAUUUGCUCGAUGGUGUAAUAGUAUUUACUCGGUUACGCGACGUGAGAAUGGUUGCACAAGGAGUUGACUCAUGGGUAUGGUUGUGGUAUGUUCUUUUGAGCAAGUGGUUGUGGUA